AUGCAGCUUUUCUGGUGCAGUGUUAAAUUUAAUAAAUUCUAUACAAAUAAAAGCUGAGAUAAAGAGUUAGAAAAUAAUAAAUUUGAAGAAAAGCGUAGCUUUGAAGAAAAAAAGGAUUUCCAAGAAAAAAUGAUUUGAACUAGAAUACCAAGAUUUAGCACAAUCGAAUACACCAUGCUCCUUCUGUCUAAUUUUAUGUCAUGAAAAUUGCGAUUUGGAAUAUAA